UGGUCAUGUGUCCCAAUACCUUUGACCAUAUAGUGUAGAAGUGGUCAGGUUUGGUGCUGUCCCUUUAAGCAGGCAGUAUUGAUGUGAUUGGACUGAUGAGGGAGUGAGUUUCAGUCCGUGCUGCUGUAUUGUGUGAUGCUCCAAUGGGGCUACAGCUCAGCAGGUAUCUCCAGUGCAGAUGCUCCAGUCCAGUCAGGCUGAGGAGCACUCAGCGUCUGUUCACAUCUUGACCUGCACAUACUGCUUUCAUCAACACAAUCAAGCACAUGCACUCUGAGCAGAGAGAGCAUGAGUACAGUAUCUGACCCUUUGGUGGGCAGCAGCAGCAGGUCUCUGCUUUCAGCCAAGAGACACAAAAGUAUCCGAAAGAACUCCAGAAGGAUUUAUUCAGCCUACCAGAACCAUCAGCAGGGCUCCUCAGAUGAUGAAGAUAAGGAUGAUGAGCGGGUGGACAGCAACGACCCAGAGGAGAUGUUCCAGAACAUUCAGUACCAGAAAGAGAUCAUCGCCAACAUUCGGACCAGACCGUGGCCAAUGAGACGCAAGCUUAAAGCCCUGAAGCAGGCCAGAGAGAUUGUUCUGAAGUAUGAAGGCCGACUGACCAGAACCAGAGGUUACCAGACUGCAGGAGCUGAUCUGCUGAAGAAACUUUCCCGUGUGUUUUACAACAUUGUAGUUCUGUUCAUUCCCUGGGAAGCGAGGAUCAAGAAAAUCGAAAGUCACUUUGGGUCAGGUGUGGCAUCCUACUUUAUCUUCCUCCGCUGGUUGUUUGGAAUCAACAUUGUCCUAACCAUCAUGACUGGAGCCUUCAUCGUCCUACCAGAGCUGCUGGCUGGAGCCCCAUUUGGAACAACAAGGAGUAAAACUAUCCCCAAGGAGCAUCUGGCUUCAGCCCAGGACCUGGACACCAUCUGGUCUCUUGGGGGCUACCUGCAGUACUCUGUGUUAUUCUACGGUUAUUAUGGAAGGGUGAGGAAAAUUGGCAGUGCUGGUUAUCGGUUGCCCCUUGCCUACUUCCUGGUUGGGAUGGCUGUCUUUGCCUACAGUUUCAUCAUUCUGUUAAGAAAAAUGGCCAAGAACUCUCGUCUGAGCUUGGCCAGUGCCUCUGAUGAGAACUUCACAUUCUGCUGGAGAGUUUUCUGUGCAUGGGACUACCUGAUAGGAAACCCAGAGGCUGCAGAGAGCAAAGGAGCUGCCAUUGUCAACAACAUCAGGGAAGCCAUUGUCGAGGAGCAGGAAAAGAAGAAGGAUACCAGUCUGGCAGUUCUGAUUAGCCUGCGUAUUUUAGCCAACAUCCUGGUGCUGCUGUCUCUGGCCGGCAGCAUCUACAUUAUCUACUUUGUAGUGGACCGCUCUCAGAAACUGGAGCAGGAGAAGCCAGAGCUGUCGCUAUGGGAGAAGAAUGAGGUGAGUGUGGUGGUUUCUCUCAUCACCAUGAUCGCUCCAUCUGCCUUUGAGCUGGUGGCUCAGCUGGAGAUGUACCACCCAAGAACCUCUCUGCGAUUCCAGCUGGCCAGAGUGCUUGUUUUGUACCUGGGGAAUCUCUACAGCCUCAUUAUUGCCCUACUUGAUAAGGUCAACAGUAUGAGCUCUGCUGUCGCAGUGAAUCCAGGUAACUGGUCAGACUCAAGCUCCUUCCUGGCCACCAUCUCUCAGCCUGAGGUAGACAGCCUCUCCACCCUGGUUUCUGACAUCUCUGUCUCCGAGCAUCGCAACGGCACCGUGGCAACCAUUGCCACAGUGUUGGGCGCUACUAACAGUGGCAGGAGCAACUCAAAUCAGACAGUUGUGUUUGAGAAGAACACUCGCUCCCAGCAGGACCAGUGCUGGGAGACCUACGUUGGACAGGAAAUGCUAAAGCUGUCCAUCAUUGACAUGAUCUUCACGGUGGCCAGCAUCCUGCUCAUCGACUUCAUCAGAGGUUUGGUGGUCCGCUACCUGAGUGACUGUUGCUGCUGGGAUUUAGAAAGCAAGUUUCCUGAAUAUGGAGAAUUCAAAAUAGCAGAGAAUGUUCUGCAUCUAAUUUAUAACCAAGGAAUGAUCUGGAUGGGAGCAUUUUUCUCCCCCUGUCUUCCUGCUUUCAACGUGUUGAAGUUGAUUGGUCUGAUGUAUCUGAGGAGCUGGGCUGUCCUCACCUGUAAUGUUCCCCAUCAGCAGGUGUUUCGAGCCUCCAGAUCAAAUAACUUCUACUUGGCUAUGCUGCUUUUCAUGCUGUUUCUGUGUAUGCUGCCCACCAUCUUCGCCAUCGUGAGAUACAGACCAUCACAGCACUGUGGACCAUUCAGUGGCCAAGAGAAGAUUUAUGAUAUCAUCUCUGAGACAGUGGCCAGUGACUUCCCACUGUGGUUCAGUAAAGUGAUGAGCUACGUCACCAGCCCUGUCGUAGUGCUGCCAGCAUUGCUGCUGCUGUUCAUGCUGAUAUAUUAUCUCCAGGCCAUUGCAAGAUCUCUCAAAUUCACCAACAACCAGCUGAGAAUGCAGCUCCAGACUGAGCGAACUGAGGACAAGAAGAAGGUUUUCCAGAUGGCUGCAGCAAGGCUGCAGGCUCCAGACACUACAGCAGACAAAAAAACAGAGCAGCAGGAGAGUGACAUCACAAGUCAGGAGGCUUCCAUCAACACUCCGUCUCCCAGACGAAACGGAAGUGUCUCAAACUUUGAGUCCCCUGUUCGGCGUGGACAUAGCAUCCGCACCAUCGCCCAGUCAGCGUCUCGAACAGACCUGAACAGAGGAAGUGUGGCUGGAUCUGUCAGGAGUCCAGCAGUGACCAUACUGCCCAAACACAGGCUCGAGCACAUACCUCACAGGCCUCCACCAUUUCUUGGUGGCCCUAGUGGUUCCUGCAGGUCCAAGUCCUACCACCAUAUGGCGUGCAAUCCCUCAUCUCGCUAUUCUGAGAACAUCCACUCUGACCCCUUGUGCAGGAAGACCAUACGCUCCUUACAUCCUGUUGAGGCUGCCGGGAUCAUUACUGCACAGAGUUAUGGAGGACGACGUGGUCACACCACCCGCUAUGUGAUUGUCAAUGAGCAUGAGGGAAGGAAGAAGCUGCUGCGCUCAGCUACACGAAUCCCAUGCCAUUACCUCAUGGAGGAAUCUGCAGAGAUCCUGGAGCUGUACCCACGCAACAUUAAACGCUACACACCCCGCAACACUCACCAUCAACCACAUCCUCACAGGCCGCACCCAUCACAGCUGCAUCUGAGUGAAGAGGAGGAGGAGGAGGGAGAGUUAAAAGUUAAAAGAAAGAUGUCGCUGGGGAAAGCUCAUCGGCCUCGCUCCCUCUCAGACCUCCACCAGCCAGCACACUUCUACAUCGGUGACCAUGUAGAGAGCCACACUGCUCGAGGAAGAUAUGGAGCUCAAGAAGAGGAUGAAGAAGAUGAUAUGGACUGUGGAGCAUUAGAGUCACAUUCCCGGUUUCAAGCCAAUGUGAAAGGAGCAGACCCUGUUAUUGUGCGAACAAGGCGACACAUCCAUUCUCCAGGAAGACACUAUCAGUCCCCUGCUAGGAUCACGCACAUGGAGUCCUAUGUAAAGCCCAAGAUUAGACCAAAGCUGGAGACCCCUCUGACUGAGUCAGACUCGGCAUCUCUCGCCUCUAGCAGUGACCAGCAGAACAGCAGCACUGACCAGUACAUUCAAGUCAUUCACAACAAGGAGCGCUAUCUCAAGUCUGAUGCCAGGCAAGGGAAACUGGCCAAAAAAAAGUCCAAAACCAGCUUUGAUCUAAAUGUCACAGAGUCAAACGACCUGGUGUCCUCCAAUGUAUGACAUAUUUGCUAUGACAAUGUCAUGUAUGUAUGUAAGCAAGUGGUGUGUGUGUGUGUGUGUAUGUGUGUGUCUGUGUAGAGGUCAAUACAUUGCAAUGGUAGCACAUAAAGUAUUUGAAUAUAAAUGUGACUUUGUUCUGCCCUGUGUGUGCUCUUAUGUGACUUUAUACAGCAAUGUCAGCUAAACAAACUGAUAAAAAAAAAUAAAGUACAAUAAAAUAGAAUUACGCCGAUGCUAGUAAUACAACUAUUACAACAUAUAUAGCUUAGAUAAACAAAAUCAUCUCAUGUUGACACUACCUGGACACUGAAUAAACAGCGUUCCAUUUGGAAUGAAGUGACCACUACAUUUCCCAGACUGCUUUACUGCAACAUGCGAGGGAGCGUGAAGCCAACCACAUUACAAGAAAGAGCCGCGUGCGUGUGCCUUCAAACUAAAAUAUGAGGAUGU